AUGUCCAACCCACAAUCCUAUACAAUUUGGUCUCCUCAAGAUACCGUUAAAGAUGUGGCAGAAUCUUUAGGACUUGAAAAUGUCAGUGAAGAUGUAUUAAAAGCACUGGCUAUGGAUGUGGAAUAUCGUAUUUUAGAAAUUAUUGAACAAGCUAUCAAGUUUAAAAGACACUCGAAAUCUAACAUCUUAACAACAGAUGAUAUUGCUAAAGCUUUAAAAGUAUUGAAUGUGGAACCACUAUAUGGAUAUCAUGAUACAGUAUUUGCUUCACGUUCCAACAAUAUGUCGAAUAUCUCUUCUAACAGCAACAUUAACAAUAAUAACCAAACCACCACAUCUACAACUGUCACCACCACUGUGACUUCCAGUACCACUACGACCGUUGCUAAUAAAGGAGUUAAUAGUAAUAUUUCUGCUGAUGAUAAUGCAUUAAAUGGUAACUCAAUUGUAGAAGAUAAGAGACAUGUGGAGUUCACAAGAGUUAAUGUUUCAGGAGGUCAACAAAUUUAUUACUUAAACGAAGAAGAGAUUGAUUUUGAUAAAUUGAUAAAUGAACCAUUACCUGCAGUUCCAAGAUUACCUACUUUUACUACACAUUGGUUAGCAAUUGAGGGUGUCCAACCAAAUAUCAUUCAAAAUCCAAAUCUAAAUGAAAUUAGAACUACUAUACCGCCAACUACUAGAGGUGCCAUUGUGACUGCCCUAAAUGACAACAGUAUACAGACAGUAUCUAAUAACACUACUUCUAAUGCUAAGAAUGCCACCCACAAUGCUAAUAAUCAAUCUUUAACCUACGUGAAACCAGGUCAAAAUAUUGAAGUCAAACCACUAGUUAAACAUGUUCUUUCAAAAGAACUUCAAAUUUAUUUUGAUAAAAUUAUCAAUGUUUUAACGACUAAAGAGCAACCAGAAAAUUCAGAAGCUAAUGAUAAAUUACAACACAUGAAGGCUGCAGCUCUUACUUCAUUAAAAACAGAUAGUGGUUUACAUCAAUUGGUCCCUUAUUUUAUUCAGUUUAUUGCAGAGCAAAUUACUCACAAUUUAUCUGAUUUAAAUUUAUUGACUACAAUUUUGGAAAUGAUUUAUUCGUUAUUGAGUAAUCAGUCUAUUUUUCUAGAACCAUAUAUCCAUUCGUUAAUGCCAUCUAUAUUAACGUUACUAUUAGCAAAAAAAUUAGGUGGAUCUCCGGACAUAUCAAAGAAUAGGAAUAAUACUAGUAAUUUUAAAUCACAAUCCAACAAAGAUACCAAAACUAAUACAACAACACAAAUAAAUAUGAAUGUUCCAUCUACUGAAGAGUCUAAUGAGCAAAUUAAGACUGAGGAUUUCUCAAGCCAAGUAGAAAAUAAAAAUGAAGAUAAUUCUAACAAAACUAUCAACGAUUCACAAGAAUCAUCUUCAGUACCUGAAGUCAAGGAUACUCCUGCAACUAAUACUGAAGAAAUCAAAGAGGAUACUAGACCAGAAGCAGAACACAUUCAAAAGACUGAAGUUGAUUUUAUUUCCGAUGAAUAUAAACAACAUUUAGAAAGUACUAAUGCACUACGUGAUUUUGCGGCAUCUUUAUUGGAUUAUGUUUUGAAAAAAUUUCCGCAAAUUUACAAGAUUUUAAAACCAAGAGUUACAAGAACUUUAUUAAAGACAUUUCUUGAUACAAAUCGUGUAUUUGGUACUUAUUAUGGUUGUUUAAAGGGUGUUUCUGUCUUAGAAUCGGAGGGUGUUAGAUUCUUCUUAGGUAAUCUUUAUAGCUGGUCCAGAUUAGUUUUUAAUGAACAAAAUUUAACAUUAGAAGACCUUGAAAAACAUUCUGGUAAUCCAAAUAUUGUUAAAUUUAACAAAUUAGAAGCAGAAAUAUUGAUUAAUGCAAUAAUAAAUGCUUUGAGUAUAUUAAAGGAUGAUUUGCCAGAAAUCUAUGAAGGAAAAACCGGUAUCGUAACCAAUGAAGAGAAAGAAAAAUUAGUCAAACGUUGUGGUGUUACUACUUCUUAUUAUCUAUUGAAAAGAGAUGAUGCUAAAGAACUUAUCACUGCUAUCUUUUUUGGAGAAUGA